CACCAAGCUAACGAGCAGAGGAGCAUCCAAACAGCUAAACAUGGCUCAGCUCAUUUACAGCAGACUGUCGCAUAUACUGAGAAUAUCCGUUAAUAAACACUCAGUGUUACGAACCGGGACAGAAAUAAAACCGGGACCUGCGUGUUGUGUUCAGUUCGCACGCUGCCACAGGUCAGUGGACAGUAAGACGCUACAGGAGAGGCAGAAGCAGCAGAUGGCGAAAGGUCUUCCCAAACAGAAGCCCAUCACGGGGGUCAAACAGGUCAUCGUUGUGGCUUCAGGGAAAGGUGGCGUGGGCAAAUCAACCACUGCAGUGAAUUUAGCUCUUGGAUUGAUGGCGAACAAUCCGCUCAAAUCAGUUGGUCUGCUGGAUGCCGACGUUCACGGCCCCUCGAUUCCCAAACUGAUGAACCUGAAGGGAAACCCGGAGCUCAGCGACAACAAUCUGAUGAUCCCUCUCACCAACUACGGGGUUCCUUGCAUGUCGAUGGGGUUCCUGGUGGACGAAGUGGCUCCGAUCGUGUGGAGGGGGCUGAUGGUGAUGUCAGCGUUAGAGAAACUGCUCAGACAGGUGCACUGGGGGUCGUUGGACUAUCUGGUAGUCGACAUGCCUCCUGGGACGGGAGACGUCCAGCUGUCUAUCUCACAGAACAUUCCAGUCUCAGGUGCGGUCAUUGUGUCAACGCCGCAGGACAUCGCUCUCCUCGACGCUCGCAGAGGAGCCGAGAUGUUCAAGAAAGUUAACGUGCCGGUUCUCGGUCUGGUGCAGAACAUGAGCGUCUUCCAGUGUCCCAAGUGUAACCACCAGACUCACAUCUUUGGCUCUGAUGGGGCCCGACAGCUCGCAGACACUCUGGGAGUCAAUUUCUUAGGUGACAUUCCUCUUCAUCUCAACAUCAGAGAGAUGUCAGACAGAGGAACACCAGUGGUCGUCUCCUCUCCUGACAGCCCAGAGGCGGAGGCGUACAGGAAGGUGGCGUCUGCUGUGGUCCAAAGACUUGAGGAAGUCAACACUUGAUCGACAGCUUCAACAGGAAUUAAGGCACAUGAAGACACUCCAUGUCAUGCACACUGCACAUGGGAACUUGCAGAACAAACAACGUACUGUACAUGUGACACACUUUUAUGUAAGCAUACAAAACACACGCAAACAGAGACGCACAGAAUUCUUCGCUGUCGUAACGAACAAUAAGUUACAUCCAAAGCACUACUGUAUGCUGUGUGUUAGUGCCACAGUGUUACUGAAUAAAUGUGAAUCAUUUAGCUGUCAGGUGAUAUUUAAUAAAACUCAGCUAAAGUCUGUUUAGAAUUUUAUGAAUAUUACAUUUUAAAAAUAUGUAAAGGUGCAGAGCCUGGGCAAAGAUAGCUGAUUGUUCAGUCUUAUUCCAGAUCGUCAAAUACUGACGCUUUGGGUUGGUGGUUCGGUCCGACUACCAUCUUGACGACCUGGGAAUGAAUAACAGACUUACUCCAGAAUUGCAUACUGCAUCUUUAAAAUAACUGCAUGUUGGUGGCCCCCAAUACCACUCAGUACGCUUACAUGACAUCAGAGACUAAAACCAGACUUUUAAGAUACACAUAAACAUGUUCGUCUGACUGAAAUCGUACUAAAUCGAAUUUCUCAAAGUCGCACUAACACAGACAGAUAAUAUGAAGAUGGAAAAUGCUCCACACUUUCUUCAAAUAGCAUUAAAUGUGUAACAGAAAAAGAGGCCAGGAAGUCUAUAUCCAGAGCUGUGCAUUUUUGGACGGACAAAAUGUACAGAGCUGUAAAGUUGUCCACCAUG